UUUCACUACCUUCUACGUUUAGUCCUCGGACGACCGAAGACGACUAGGAUGACCAGACCGUGACGACGGACGACCACCCCUACGACGACGAUCAUGUAAUCCGCCUACCAACUGAAGAACAGCAACCAGAUCGACCUCGACCUAGCCGAUAAAGACGUACUUUCGCCGACAAUAACACACACACACACACACACGUCGAAUAUAAGUCUUUGUUCGCUAGGACCCGAUCCGAUCUCGGUCUAGUUCUUGGUCGGCAGGCGUCGGGUCGUCUUCAACGGGGAUGGUCGUUCGUCGUCUGUUCGUCUAUGUCUACGUCUGGCUCUCCCUCUCGUUCUCCUCUCUUCUUCUCUUCUUCGCUUCUCUUCCUCUCUUCGCUUCUCUUCCUCUUCCUCUGUUCACUCUCCCCGCUCUCUCUCUCUCCCCGCUCUCUCCCUUCUUCUCUCAUCUUCAUCGUCCAUCCGGACCACCCCCCAAAAAAACACAAACACAACGGCCAUCGCUAUUCACGGCGCACAUCUACCUCAUCCUCUGUCGAUGAUCCAGUGAUGCAUUGCGGAUCGGGGAAACGAUGGCCAGAACGAAACACCCCCUUAAUGGGGUACUACUUGCGCACCCGCUCAUCCGGUAUUCUUCCUUACUAGUCGAACACUACGAUGAGGGUUUGGUUGGCGGAACUCCUUGUGACGAUCCUUCAUCGUCGAUGACGGUGGGGACGGGGUGGGAGCUCGGCCGGUGCGUGGGAGGUACAUUUACAUCACGAUUGAUUUUUGCGACUUUUUUUUCGUUUUACGGCCUUGGGCGAGGGCUUGGGUUGUAAUCUCGUCGGAGGGUUGGGAUGUAGUUUCCAUAAAAUUACAAUUUUGCAUGUCGGCAUUAUCGGGUCUCUAGUACCUCGUCUCGCUUUCGUUCGUCCCGUGGGUCUGGUGAUUUCGCUGGAUCUAUGCUCCGUUCGAUCGUUCUGAUUGUCAUCUGUUGCCC